CUCAUGGAAUGAUCUACUAGCUAAAUGCUGUAGUGACCAAUGCUCAACCUCGUGUAUAUUCACUGACAAUAAGUCUGAAAAAUGUCAACGUAUCAUCAGUCAGUUGGCUGAAGAGCCCUUAAGGGGUAUAAAUAGAUACAAUUUAUAUUCUGAAUGUGCUGGCGAUGCAAGUAUGUCUAUGGCCAUUACAGAAAUAUCCCCUACUACUCGACAAUCCUCUAAACUGUAUAUCCAUCAUGACUUUGGUAAUAUGUUUCGUGAUAAUAUUUAUAUGAAAAAUCGUCGAAAUAUGAAUUCUGCCCUACGUCGUAAUUUGACUACACGUUUAACUAAGUCAUGUGUAGACGAUACAAUGAUACGUAGUUAUUUAAAUUCACCUGUUGUCCGUCGACUUAUCAAUGUAAAACCAGAUGUGCCAAAGGAAUGGGAUAUAUGCAGUGAUGAAGUUAAUCUUAAUUAUAUUCGUACCUAUGAAGAUUUAUCUGACCAGUAUAUGGAACUACUUAAAUCCAGAG